CGCGCCUCGCUGCAGGCGGCAUGAGGGGCGGCCGCGUGCGGUUGCUGCAGGCGGUGGACACCGAGCUCACCGCGGACGCCGUGGCCUGGUGCCCGCUGCGGGGCCGCAGGCACCUCCUGGCGUGCGGGACCUACCAGCUGCGCGCGCCCGGGUCGGCGCCCGCCAGCCGCGAGGCCCAGAGCCCGCCGGACGCCUCCGGGCCGCAGACGCGCGCGGGCCGCCUCUACCUGUACAGCUUCUGCGGGGGCCGCCCCGCAGCCCCGCUGGCGGAGGCGCAGCGGAGAGACGGCGCUGCCAUCCUGGACGCCAAGUGGUGCCACGUCCCGGUGGCCGGUUCCGCCCUCCUGGGCUUGGCCGACGCCGGCGGAUCCGUGGAGCUGCUGCGCCUGGUGGAAUCCGAGGACAGCAGCUGCACGUUACAGCCGGUGUCCAGCCUUGGCCUGGACGAGCAGUGUCUGGCUUUGUCCCUGGACUGGUCUCCUGGGAAGCUUGGAAGUGCCGGUGAGCAGCCCUUGCAGAUCAUCAGCAGUGACUCCAAGGGGCGGCUGCACCUUCUGAUGGUGCACGAAGAGGGUUCGGGACUGCAGCGUGCGGCCUCCUGGCAGGCCCACGCAUUCGAGGCCUGGACCGCUGCCUUCAAUUACUGGCGGACUGACGUCGUGUAUUCAGGGGGAGACGAUGGCCUUCUGAGAGGCUGGGACACCCGGAUGCCUGGCACUUCGCUGUUCACCAGCAAGAGACACUCGAUGGGGGUGUGCAGCAUCCAGAGCAGCCCCCACCAGGACCAUGUCUUGGCCACAGGAAGUUACGAUGAGCACGUUUUGCUGUGGGACACGCGGAACAUGAAGCAGCCAGUGGCAGACACACCCGUGCAGGGCGGCGUGUGGCGGCUCAGGUGGCACCCUUUCCGGCACCACCUGCUCCUGGCGGCCUGCAUGCAUAGUGGCUUUAAGAUCCUGGACUGCCAAAAGGCCCUGGAGAAGCAGGAGGCAGCAGUCUUGGUGUCCCACAUGAUGCCCAGCUCGCUGGUAUAUGGGGCCGACUGGUCCUGGCUUCCAUCCUGUUCACCACAGCCUGGGCCCUCAUUGGCCUUUCCACACAGCAACGAGAGAACCAGACCGGCAGACACAGCCACAAACAAGCCCCUGGGGCCCUCUCUCGACCAUCUAGUGGCCAGUAAGGGGGAGGACCAUCCAAGAUCCCCAGGCACAGUCAACCCUCUGGCCUGCCUCCUACCACUCACAGGUGAGAUGAGCAGCAACGGCAGUCAGCUGCACACCACAGCCAAGGCGCAGGACUGGGACCCUGACCUGCAAGAGGCAAACUUGGAUGUCAGCCUCCUGGCCACCUGUUCAUUCUACGAUCACGUUCUCCACCUUUGGAAAUGGGAAGUGAACGGAGCUCAAGACCCUCCCCACAGCCAAGCUGAGGAAACUGCCCAAUGCAGGCAGCCAGUGUCUGUCAGCCAGGCUUCCCUGCAGGACCACUGAAGAGGCCCUGGUGUCCACCUGGCAGUGACUGGGGUACCAGCCCACAGACUUAUUUCUCAGGUGGAUGUUGACCUUAGCCCUUUGGCUUAUGCUAAUUAAAAGAAGUCUGAGAAGUUACUGUUACAUCAGAAGUAACUCUGGAUGGACAUUAAAAGGCCACCUUGGAGUGGGCACUUGGGACACCCCUGAUGCACAUCAGAGUGGCUGCCUUGGGGCUGGUGUUGUGGCUUAGCAGGUAAAGCUGCUGCUUCUAUGGAAUCCUGUGUGGGCACCGGUUCGAGUCCUGGCUGCUCUGCUUCCAACCCAGUUCCCUGGAAAUGCACCAGGCAAAGCAGUGGAGGAUGGUCCAGGUGCUUGGGCCCUGCACCCGCAGGGAGAGCCGGAUGAAGCUCCUGGCUCCAGCCUGGCCCAGUCCCAGCUGUUGCAGCCAUUUGGGGAGUGAGCCAGUGGAUGGAAGAGCUCUGUAUCUCUUUGUAACUCAAAUAAAUAUAUAUAUUUUUAAAA